AUGGCCGCAGCUCUCCCCUAUGCCUCGCGCUCGAAUGGCGCCAGCAGCUCCCAAGUUUCGCUGCCUCACCAUCGCCGAACUUCUCUUUCUUCGUUUCCCCCGUCACGCUCGCCGUCGCAAAUGUCCUUCCAUUCACGCCCAUCAAGGUCGCCGCACCCGCCCAUGGCCGAAACAGAUCGGACUUCGGACCCGAGCUCAAAGUCCAAGGCCUCUUCAAUCGGACCAUCUUCGCAACAUUCGUCUCUGUCCGCAGUGCGUCGAACCAAUGAGGAUUCACAGCCGCAGAGGAAGCUCCGAGCACAAUAUCCUCGCGGAUCCGACGCCAACCAUGUCGAGUAUAUCCUGGUGGCGUCGUUUGAUAUCGAUCGAGGCCCGGUGAUGGAGCACCAGUACCCUGUCGCCAUCACCGGAGACGAGAACAUGUUGGCCGAGUUGAUGCUUCCAGAUCAGGCCCACGCGCGUAACCAGGAUUGGACCAUGUUCUUCCUGCACAAGGACUCUUCGCCAGAAGAUGAAGACGAAGAACGCAAGGAAAAGGCUAGGAGGAAAGCUCGGAGGCAGAGACGGCGAGAUAAAGCAGCGGGGCUGGUCCCUGAGGAUGGAGCCGAGGGCGAAGACGACGAUGAGGAAGACGACGACGACCUAGAUGAAGACUGGGAUGACGAUGAAUCCUCAGAUGAUGAGCCCGACGACGAGUUAGAGGGCCCGCCGCUCAUCUACGUCCUCAACCUGGUAAAUACCAAGCACGACAAGUCUGUGAAGCGAGGAGCCAUCGUCAAGGCCAUGGCAAUUUGCACAAGACACCCUUUCUUGCAUAUAUACAAGCCCCUCUUACUGCUCGCACUGGAAGAGUACUUCAAGUCGCCAGUGCCCGAGACUCUUUCCAUGUUGUACGAAUCGGUCAAUGCGAUGGACUUGUCUCUUAUGCCCCGAUUGAGCUUGCUGGAGAGGAACCUGCUACUAGCGAGCGACAACAAGGAUUUGUUUGUGGAAAAAUUCGAGCGCAUUAUCCAGAUGCGCAUGGCAGAAGACAGGGCAGAGACCGCUACUGAGGGGUCUGGAGAGAGGAGUCAGAGCCCGCAAUUCACUGGCGGCAUCUCGAGGGCUGGCACCAAGGCGCACGUCGAGGGCGGCGGGCAGUCGACAUACUCUGUGGCCCGAGAUACUCACGAGUUUGAGAGCAAAGUCAUGUACAAGGGCAUCCCCAUCCCUAUCAAGGUGCCCACCGCAGUCAUGCCCGAGACUGUGGGAGACUUUUCUCUCAUAAAGCUGAUACAAAACUUUUCCGAGGCCCAUGCCAAGUCGCCGCAGCCGUUCCCACUGCACCCGCAUCUGACGACCAACGGGAUCAAUACGCACCCAAUCAUUGUGCUGAUGAACGGGCUCCUCACGCAGAAGAGGAUCAUAUUCUUGGGCCACAACAUGCCCUCCGGUGACGUAGCUGAGGCAGUGCUUGCGGCAUGUGCUCUCGUGUCCGGUGGCAUCCUCCGGGGGUUUACCAGGCAUGCGUUUCCCUACACCGACUUGACCAAGGUCGAUGAUCUGCUCAACGUGCCAGGGUUUAUAGCCGGCGUUACCAACCCUACAUUUGAGCUCCAUCCAGAAUGGUGGGACGUCCUGUGCGACUUGCCCAGCGGCCGCGUCAAGAUCAGUAGCAAGAUUGAGAUGGCACCGGUUACUGAAGGACUAAUUUACUUUCAGCAGCAGCACCCCACCCUCUCCAAUACUGCCAGCGGCGUCUCCAACAACGCGCAGGACUUGACGGGGGAUGCCGCCUUUAUGUCAGAUAUUCUUAGGAGCAUUGCUGCCAGGCACGGCGAGCGGGUCAUACGAGCAAAGUGGCGCGGCUGGGUCAAUAAGUUUACGAGAAUUGCUGCCCAGUUUGAGGAGAGCGUAUACAACGCAUCUGCUCUGUACAUUGGAGGCCAAGACCAAGACUUGGCACUGCCGGGGGCCAGUGGUCAUGGAUAUGUUUGGGCAGACGACACUGCGAAAUUCAAGGAGCUAGCUGGCAAUGUGACGAGGAUUGAAGGGUGGCGCAACACACGUAGUUACUACAGCUACAUUCAGGAUCUCGCAAGAAUAUACACCUUCCGCCCGCUCAAGGGGUUAGACCUGGCCCACAUGCACGACCGGCUUCGCAUGCAGCGCCUGACACCAGCGCAGAGCAAGGAUAUCUAUUUGACGCUAUCCAAGCAUAUCCACUCGUAUGAAGAGAUUUGCUUGCUGCUGGAUGUGGCACCCGAGUCGCACGCUGGGCUCUUUUACAUUGCGCUUGGCCUCUUCCACAAGGACCGCGAGGUGCGUCUAAGGACGGCCGAUCUGCUAGAGCGAAUUUCCGAGCACGAGGCCGGGCAGCACUGGUGGAAGAGCCUCAGUCAGUUUGAGAAGCUGGCGUACAAGCGAAUCCGGCGCGAGACUGAAGCCGAGAUGAGGACGAAGGGAGAGAAGGACGGGCUGGUUCUCAGUCCUGUUAUGGAGAAGCUGAUGAGCUGA